AUGUCGUUUGCUACUCCAAAGAAGAGGAAAGACGAGUGGGAUGCAGUUAGUGCUCUUGAAAGUGGGCCAUUGUCAUCCAAUGACGUUGAAGCGGUUGUUGAGAGACUACGUACUGGGAUACAGCAACAAAUGUUAAGAGUUUCCAAUAUAACCAAGGCGGAGAAGAAUUUAGGGACAGAACGUGAUUCUGCAACGGCUCGAGAGCUGGUUGAUGGGUAUCUGCAGGAUUGCGAACGGAUACACCGCCUCUUAAUGCAGGGCGAAUCGUAUUUGAGAGGUCUGAUUGGUACUACUGGUGAUGGUGGCACGGGUAAAUUGAACUUGGUCACAAUCGACAGAUUGUCUGAACAAAUUCAAAAUGCGCAGAAAGCGUAUGUUGACGUCCAUCGGAGUUAUGAGGCUAAGAAAAUGAGCAGAUCUGUACAGGAGAAGUAUGAACUGUUCCAAAGGGAAAGGGAAAAUCUAAAGAACUUGGAAACUGACAAGACCCCGUUGCUUUCCGGUAAACACAACAAUGCCAUCUAUUUAGAUACCCCCCACGGAGAGGGCCAGAUGCAGAUGCAAGUCAAAGUUCAAACUCCUGAACAAGUUCGAAAUGACGAAAUUUCAGAGAGUACUCUGCAACUCCAUGCCGAUUUGAUCCAGCAGAGAGACAAUGCCAUCACAUCAAUAUCCAAAGGCGUGCAAGACAUCAACAAGAUGUUCAAAGACCUGGACGCCAUUGUCAACCAACAGGGUGAACAAAUAGACUCCAUUGAGAACAACAUGAUGAGUAUUGCCAACAACAACCAGUUGGCCACGAGGGAGCUUGUCAAGGCAGAAGACUAUCAACGAAGAAAGGGGAAAUGUACAUGCAUACUGCUACUUGUGCUGGUGGUGAUUUUGAUUAUAGUUUUGUUAGUGCUGAGUUGA